GUGAUCGAUCGUGUCGCCACCCCCCCUCGCCACCACGGGAAAAAAAUCCGCGGUCCCAAAAUUCCCCAACCCGUCGCGGAAAAAAAAUCAGAUCAGGUUCCGCAUCCACUCCGCUCCCCGCCCCGGCGAGAGGCUGCAGCUCAGCUCAUCGCCGGCGGGCAAGCCCGAUCUCCCCCAACCUGCUCCGCUCCUUGCGCUCUCCCAAUCCCGCAUCUCCUCCUCCUCCGACCCCGCGAGGUGGGGGUCGGAGGUCGUCGUCGUCGUCGUCGUUGUCGCCUGCCUCCUCUCCGGGCGCUCGCUGAGUUUGCCGGCGGCGUGGGCUGUGUGCGGUGUGCGGUGUGCGCGCGCGAUUUGUAGCUGGGAGACGCUUGACUUGUUGCCUCCGCUAGCUCUUCUGGCCUUCGUGUCGACAUGGCUGCAAUGUGAUUUGCCGCGCCGCGCGCUGUUCCUCUCUUCUGGAGGGUAAAAUGGCAGGCAGAGCAAGGUGGGUAGCAAAGUAUACAAAGGGUCUUGUUGAUGUGCUUCAUGAGAACAAUAUUUCACACUACCGUACCCAGAAUGGAUGGAGAACCGAUGGGUGGAGGAAAAUUGUUAGCGAAUUCAAUGAUAGGUACCCAGAUGCAAAAUUUACUAAAGUUCAAAUUCAGGAGCAUGAGACACAACUGAAGAGAGAUUAUAGAUUGGUAAAAUUAAUUCUCCAGCGGGAAGGUGUUACUUGGGAUCAAAAUGCUUCCAUGAUUAGAACGACAGAUGAAAUCUGGGAUGAGAUAAUUGAAGAGAUGCCCAAGGCGCGGAAGUACCAAUUUAAGAGCUUUCCGUUACUUCAAUCACUUGAGGUGUUAUUUGAAGGUGACAUUCCUGAAGGGGAACACAACUUAAUGCCGAGCAAACCUCAACUUGCUGGUAGGAAUGUUGAUGAGGGAGGCAAUAACAUGAGCACAGCUCCGAGCAUACCUGGAAGACCUUGUAGCACAGUUAUUGCCGGCAUUGAUGAUGGGGAGAACAACAUCGGCAUACUUCAGAGAACUCCAGAGUUAGGGCAACAAGGUCUGGAUGAUGUUGAUAUUCUGCAAAAUCCAACAGAAGAGGUACUGGAAAGACCACAGCACGGUGCCGACCCAAAACCACAAAGUGCUGAUGAACCGGCGCACUCAAGCUCUUGCAUAGAACCUCAAAAGGACAAGCGAAAGAAGCGUAAGGUCCCUGACAUCCAGCAAACCAUGGAGGCUUUUCUGGAGUUCAGAAUGAAGCAAGCUCGCUUGAAGGAACAAGCGAAGAAGGAGAAGAAGGAUGGUGAGCCGUUCUCGAUCUCGACGUGUAUCAAGGCACUGCAUUCAAUGACCGACGUAUCUGAUCAGGUCAAGAUUCUAGCCUCUGAUGUUUUCAAGGAUGCAGCGAACCGAGAGAUCUUCCUUUCCUACGAUCUCAGGCUUCGCACGCUGUGGAUCAAGAGGGAAGUCAACAGGUUACUCACUUGAUCAAGUGGAUUGCCGCAUCUUGUUGCCCUUCGUCUCCGGAAGAUUAGAUGAACGUAGAAACUAUAAUUAUUAUGGAUCAGCUGAAAGUCAUGAACUGAUCGAUUUGCUAAAAUUAUGGAUCGGGUCAGAUCUGAACCUAGGAGUCAUGCAAGUCGUCAAGCACUCGUUUUCCCUAUGCUCAGUGCUUAGUGGCAUUGGCUUGCCCACAAACACCUCCAGAUCAUUUCGUAUGCUCUGUAAUAGUGUAGUUUUGCUGAUUGGUGGUUGCUAAAAUUAGAUCGUGUCAAUUCCUGUUAUCUGGUAUGGCCCUUGCUUCA